AUGUCCCGUCCAACCCCCCGCAAACGUGGACACGCGCGCCACUCCUCCGCAACCGGUUAUGGUCCCCGUCCUGUGCAAUCUGACUACGAAUCCGACGCUGCCCAUUACGUCGACUCCCACCCGGUCCCGGUCCCGAACCCGGCCCUAUUCAACCGCACCAACACGGAGCUCAACCUCUCCGUCCUGCGCCGCUACCUCCCCUCCAUCAACUCCACCCUCUCCAUCGCCGCCAACGCCGUCGUCUACACCUUUAACCCCUCACUGCCCGGCUGGGACAAGACUGGUAUCGAGGGCACCUACUUCCUCUGCAUGCAGGACCCGGCCCCCGGCGCCGUCCCCGCGGCGCCGCGCGCCUGCAUCUUCGUGCUGAACCGCCGCGGCCUGGAGAAUGUGAUCCUCGACCUGGGGGAUGUGGCCGACUUCGAGGUGGUUGAUGAGAUCUACAUCUUCCGCCUGCGGGGCGAAGAGGAGAGCAACAAGGUCAUGGGCAUCUGGAUCCACGCCGACAAGGACGACACGCGCGUGAUGAACGCCGCCCUCAUCGCCGAGACGCUCAAGCACGUCCGCAUCGCAGAGGAGCAAAACGCCGGCGCGGGCGUCGCCGGGGCCCCCGCGCAGCAGGAGGAGGUGGGCCCCGCGAUGCAGGCCAUUGGGAGGAGGCUGAGCCUGAGCGACCUGUUUGGCGCGCAGAACGGGGUCAAGGGCUAG